AUGCUUCUGCAAGUGAAGCCGACACUGCUGAGUGUGGUGUUUGCGCUCCUGUCGCUCCUGUCUAUCGCGCUGUUCUCUGCCCCCUAUGGUGGCACGGGAGUGGCUGCGCAGGACAAGCGCAGUGAGUAUGGAACUGUGAUUGGUAUCGACUUGGGUACGACCUACUCGUGUGUGGGUGUGCAGCGCCAGGGUCGUGUUGAGAUUAUUGCGAACGACCAGGGUAACCGUAUCACCCCCUCGUACGUUGCCUUCACCAAGGAUGGCGAGCGUCUGAUUGGUGAUGCCGCCAAGAACCAGGCUGCCCAGAACCCCGAGAACACCAUCUUUGACGCCAAGCGUCUGAUUGGCCGCAAGUGGGGUGAGGCGGAUGUCAAGAAGGACAUCAAGCACUUCCCCUUCAAGCUCGUCGAGAAGAAGGGCAAGCCCGCGAUCCAGGUUGAGGUGAACGGCGACAAGAAGGUCUUCACCCCCGAGGAGGUCUCGGCCAUGAUCCUGCAAAAGAUGAAGGACACUGCCGAGGCGUACCUGGGCCACAAGGUCACUCACGCCGUGGUUACUGUUCCUGCCUACUUCAACGACGCGCAGCGUACCGCGACCAAGGACGCGGGUACGAUUGCCGGCCUGGACGUGCUCCGUAUCGUGAACGAGCCCACGGCCGCUGCCAUCGCCUACGGUCUUGACAAGAAGGACGGUGAGUCGCAGAUCAUUGUGUACGACCUGGGUGGUGGUACCUUUGAUGUGUCGCUCCUUUCGAUCGACUCGGGUGUGUUUGAGGUCCUGGCCACUGCCGGUGACACGCACCUGGGUGGUGAGGACUUUGACAACCGUGUCUCGGAGUACCUCCUCAAGCAGUUCAAGAAGAAGACCGAGCUGGAUGCCUCGAGCAACAAGCGCAGCGUUGGUAAGCUCAAGCGCGAGGUGGAGCGCGCCAAGCGCACGCUCUCGAGCCAGAUGAGCACCAAGAUCGAGAUUGAGAGCUUCUUCGACGGCAAGGACCUCUCGGAGACGCUCACGCGUGCCAAGUUUGAGGAGCUCAACGCUGACCUGUUCCGCCGCACCCUCAAGCCGGUCGAGCAGGUGCUCAAGGACGCUGGUAUCAAGAAGGACGAGGUCGACGAUGUUGUGCUCGUUGGUGGUUCGACUCGUAUCCCCAAGGUGCAGCAGAUGCUCAAGGACUUCUUCAACGGCAAGGAGCCCUCGAAGGGUAUCAACCCCGACGAGGCCGUUGCCUGGGGUGCCGCCGUCCAGGGUGGUGUUCUCUCGGGUGACGAGUCGCUCGGUGGUGUCGUCCUGAUCGACGUCAACCCCCUGACCCUCGGUAUCGAGACCACCGGUGGUGUGAUGACCAAGCUCAUUCCCCGCAACACGGUGGUGCCGACCAAGAAGAGCCAGAUCUUUAGCACGGCCGCUGACAACCAGCCCACCGUGCUGAUCCAGGUCUUUGAGGGUGAGCGCUCCAUGACCCGCGACAACAACCUUCUCGGCAAGUUUGAGCUGACCAACAUCCCCCCGGCGCCCCGUGGUGUGCCCCAGAUCGAGGUCACUUUCGAGAUCGAUGCCAACGGUAUCAUGAAGGUCUCGGCCGCGGACAAGGGUACUGGCCGCAGCGAGUCGAUCACGAUCACCAACGACAAGGGCCGCCUGAGCAAGGAGGAGAUCGACCGCAUGGUCCAGGAGGCUGAGGAGUACGCCGAGCAGGACGAGGCUGUUCGCCGCCGCGUCGAGGCGCUCAACAACUACCAGAACUUCAUCUCCACGCUCCGCUCGCAGAUCACCGACAAGGAGGGUCUCGGCGGUAAGCUCGAGAAGGAGGACAAGGACACCCUCCAGCAGCACCUCAAGGAUGCUGAAAAGUGGCUCGAGGAGAACGCCGAGAACGCCGAGGCGCAGGACAUUGAGGAGCAGAUGUCCGAGCUCCAGACGGCUGUCACCCCGAUCACCGCCAAGGUGUACCAGGAAGGCUCCGCGGGUGCGGGUGCGGGUGGCGACGAGCCGCUCAACUACCACGACGAGCUCUAA